AUGAAAACGGCCCUCCUCGUUGGCCGUUUCUGCAUUCGUCGCCCUUAUUGCGAAAGCGUCCCUCAGGCUGCUUCGCGCUACUAUAGAUCGUUCCAUUCCCUGUCCGGCCGGUUCUCCCGCGUGCCCUUUUCGCCCUCCUCGUCGUCUUAUUGGAGAUCCACAUGGAGAUGGCGCUGGAAUCGCUCGCCGGUUGUAGGCGCAGUUCUACUCGCCUCCUUGACACCGGUUGCAUUUCUCGAACUUGCAAAGAACGGGAAUGGCGAUGACGACACAACGGGGGAAUUGGAAAUGCUUGCGGCAUCUCGCGAUGAGAUUCGGAAAUCCAUUCCGAAUGAUGGGAAUAUAUUAGUGAAGAAAUUUUGGCAUAUAUAUUUAUUUUUGGAUAAAUAUGUGUUUGAAGUAGUCGCUACAGGAAUGCGCUUUUUGCACCUAGCGGCAAUAUUUGUACCAGUCAUUGUCACUGUGCCAGUAAUAUGGUUUGGUAGGAGGGUGAAACAUCGCGAUAAUGAGAAAUCCGGUACGCUGUGGUGGUACCAGUUCCUGGUGUCGUCGAUGGAGCGUGCUGGGCCUGCUUUUAUAAAGUUAGGACAAUGGGCGGCAUCAAGAUCCGAUAUAUUCCCUCCCGAGUUGUGUACAUUAAUGUCAGCUCUGCAUUCACACGCACCGGCACAUUCAUUCCACGUAACUAAGCGUACCAUCCGAAAAGCAUUCAAUGGACUUCCCUUUGAAGAUAUUUUUGAGGAAUUCGACAAGGAACCCCUUGGUGUAGGCGCCAUUGCCCAGGUCUACAAGGCUAAACUUCGACCUGAUCUCGCCGUACUGAAUGAGAGCAACGUGGCCAACGAGCCCUAUAACUUACGGGAUAAGGUUCGCAAGAAUGUCGACAUUCUAGUAAAAAGUACUCCACAGCGGGUUCCUUCUUCCUACGUCGCGGUCAAAGUGCUUCAUCCUCGAGUUGACCGGAUAGUUCGACGAGAUUUACAGAUAAUGAUGUUUUUUGCUUGUAUCAUCAACGUUGUACCAACUAUGGAAUGGCUGUCACUACCAGAUGAAGUGCAAAAAUUUGGAGAAAUGAUGAAAUUGCAAUUAGACCUGAGAAUUGAAGCAACGAAUUUAUCUCUAUUUCGACAAAACUUCAAAUCACGAACUACAGCUUGGUUCCCCUAUCCAUAUACCGAAUACACUACAAGAGAAGUGCUAGUAGAGGAAUUUGCGCAAGGCAUUCCCCUAACAACGUUUUUGAAAAAUGGCGGAGGCGCUUUUGAUCGUGAAAUUUCACGAGAAGGUCUUGAUGCAUUCUUACAUAUGCUUCUUAUUGACAAUUUCGUUCACGCCGAUCUACACCCAGGGAAUAUCAUGGUUCGGUUCUAUAAGCCUGGACAGUUGGACUUAUCUUUGGGAGGCCACCAGCUAAACCCGCUUUCCACAGAUCAGAUUGACAGGGACGUCCCUGAAAAGGUUAUUUCGAGACUUGUAGCAGUUGACAAUAAACCUGAAGCAUGGAGACAUGAGCUUUCGAAGGUCGACGCCGAGGGCUUUCGGCCGCAGCUCAUAUUCAUUGACACUGGUCUGGUAACCGAGCUAAAUAGCACAAAUCGCCGCAACUUCCUAGAUCUCUUCCGAGCUAUUGCUGAAUUUGAUGGAUAUAAGGCAGGGCAUCUCAUGGUUGAGCGCUCAAGGCAACCUGAUGCGGUGCUUGAUCCAGAGAUAUUCGCCUUGAAAAUACAGCAUCUUGUUCUCGGUGUCAAGGGCCGCACUUUCGCUCUGGGAAACGUUAAAAUAGGAGAUGUUCUAAGCGAGGUUUUGUAUCUGGUACGAGGGCAUCAUGUACGACUUGAAGGCGAUUUUGUGAACGUCGUGAUAUCUAUAUUGCUGCUCGAAGGUAUUGGAAGAAGCCUGGAUCCUGACCUUGAUUUGUUCAAGAGUGCACUUCCAAUACUUCGUCAACUUGGGUCUGGUACAACUCUCCUAAAGUCUGUUCGCGAAGGCGACACUUCGAUGCUUCUUGUUUGGGUUGGCCUUGAAGCCAGAAGCUUCCUCCAGGCAAGCAUCAGUAGCGUGGAGUGGUGUGUUAAGUACGACCAGCUAUCUCCAAAUCUAUGA